UUCUUUUGCAGCUUCUUUGCACUUUUGUUGUUUACUAAUAGAUGGUGCUGUUACACCACCUCCCUGCUUGUGGCAGACACAUCACAGUGUCUGCUUUUCUUCAAUGGUGAUGCAGAAACUUAAACAAGAAGUACUCAGUUUCUUGGGUCAACAUACACUAAGAUAAUACUUGAUGUAUCUUUAUUCACAACACAGCCAUUUGCUGUUUAUCAAUUUUAUGCACCAUGUUUUGUCAUUUGAAGACAUAAUGCUUAUAUUAGACAGUCAGAUUUACAAAAAAACAUGAUGCAUUUGGGUCUAACAGGAAAAAAGGAAAAAAAAAAAAAGUAAAAAGGUGUGAUACUGCUUUACAACUUGCGUCAGUGUUUGGACUGUUUCUACCCAUGUCACCUUGCUCACAGGCUGCUGGUGAUUCACAGCCUUUCUGUUUAAAUGCGCAGCACCUCGCUCGCACAUCGCAGAAGUAAUGGGACAGACAUGUAAAGGAAGCAGCAGUAAUGGUGUGUGCUGCCACAGUGAAUAGAAUGAAUAUCAAUAGAAUAAACAGAAUUUGAUUGAAAACAACAGCAGUAAGAUUCCACUGAGUCUGGCUCCUCAGUUCAGUUCAGCUUCACUGCUGUGAUACUCUGCCAGAGAGGAGUCAGAAAACCAUCAGAUGAUUCCCUCACAACACCUGAAGACUAAAGGGCAAGAGCCUUGGGAGAGAUUCAUCACAACAUACAACAGUGACUACAGACCCUUCAGUGAGCGCUAUCUACAGGUCAACCAGCUGAACCCCGGGACUGAAGCUGAAGCUGCUCCUGCAUUUAUCCCCCCACCACAGCUUAAACGUGAAACCUGGCCUAUAUUUUACCAUUAUUUCUACAAGACAACCAACAGCACCUAUGGCUCAACUGCACAGCCUCCCUCUUAUCACCUCUUCCAUGCCCCCCCAUCUACGAUCGGCAUCCUCACUCCCUCCGUUUCCGUGGCGACUGGGGUUGUUGGCUCCACCCUGACAGAGGGCAGGACACAAGAUGCGAGAGUCGCCAGGGAGACUGGGCAUUCACUUGGCGUGGAGAAGAACGGUCAGCUGCACUGUGUUUGUGGUGGAAAGGCAAAUGUCUUGGCACAGUAUGAGGCAAAAGAUGAGCCACAUCAGAAGAUUGAUGUUCUCUAUGAGAAAGGUGCGAUUGUGGUUUCAUCCCAUGUUGCUCCGGCCUGCUGUGAAGAUUUCCUUAAAUCUGUGUGCAGAGAGGCCGGGCUGCAGCACCUGCUCCACUUUCCUGUGGCCUCCAGUCCCAUUGUCACAAACAAAGAUGCUGAAAAUUGGGAGAACGGCGCCUACAUGAGGGGCUUGAGACCAGCUGUAGGACUGAGAAACAGCUCCGGCCUUGAGCCGACGUCAAGGCAGUGCAGUUGCUUUGCUGGGGAAACUGAGCGCCCUAAAAGUUGCUGCUUUGAGAUGCAGACCCUCCCAGCCCACAUCCCUCUGGGCAGCACCCGGCCUCUGGCCCAUAUACAGCCCACUGUCUCCUGCACAGAGCCCAACAAAGAGCCACUGCUGACAGAGUACCAAGCCAGCUACUCUGCUGAGUGGCCCCAGCCUAAGAUCCAGCUGAGAGACUAUAACCAUCGUCAUCUUCCCUGUCACUGGAAUCCUCAUUCUUCACUCUGAAUCUCAAUUUUUGUCUCAAUACACAGCAGUUAAAAAAAAAAAAAAAAAUCAUUGUCAGUCUUUUGAGUCAAACAUGAUGAACCACUGAGUUUGCACUGCUUCUUCAUCAUCCAUCCACCUCAUACAUGAGCGGUCCGUCCAAACCGAAGUAGGCCUGUGUGUGUCUCUGAUUCUCAGUUAUCAUGCCUCAGGAUACAGAAGCCGAGGAUGAGUCAUAACACAGCAGUAAACCGUCCACUGGCAGGCACCCAAAGGAAACAGUAAAGUGUGUGUGUGCUUGUUUUCAUCCUCUUGUGUAGAAGAGGUUUAAAUGUGCAUGCAGCAGUGCAGUGGAGGAAAGAUAUAAACAAUAUAAAAAAUACUCAAUAAGUAAAAUUAAAAACUUUAUUCAAACUAC